UCCGGGAUGCCCUGGGGUCCCGGGGCUCAGCAUCCUUGGUCUCCUCCCCCUCCCCCACCCUGGCGCACUCAGACUCCCGAGGGGCUUGGGGAGGGGUGCGGAGAGCGCGGGCAGAGGGGGCUGUGGGAAGCUGGGCGCGUUCACCGCUGCUCGGGGCGGGAGAGGGAAGGCAGGGCAGAGGUGAGGCGCCAGGAGGGGUGGGGAGCUCUGGGCUGGCCCAGGCGGAGGGCACGGUGUGCGCGCGCGUGCCCCGCGCUGAAAUGCCCUGCACGUCGGGGCCGCAGGCCAGAGCCCAGGGCGCCCGCCGAGCCUCCCGGUGUCCUGCUCCUGCGGCCGCGGUCAUGACGGAGAACUCGGACAAAGUGCCCAUCGCCCUGGUGGGCCCCGACGACGUCGAGUUUUGCAGCCCCCCGGCGUACGCAGCCGUGACCGUGAAGCCCUCCAGCCCCGCGCGGCUGCUCAAGGUCGGAGCCGUGGUCCUCAUUUCGGGGGCGGUGCUGCUGCUCCUGGGGGCCAUCGGGGCCUUCUACUUCUGGAAGGGGAGCGACAAUCACAUUUACAAUGUCCAUUAUACCAUGAGUAUCAAUGGGAAAUUACAAGAUGGGUCAAUGGAAAUAGAUGCUGGGAACAACCUGGAGACCUUUAAAAUGGGAAGUGGAGCUGAAGAAGCGGUUGAAGUUAAUGAUUUCCAGAAUGGCAUCACAGGAAUCCGUUUCGCUGGAGGAGAGAAGUGCUACAUCAAAGCGCAGGUGAAGGCUCGCAUCCCGGAGGUGGACACCCUGGCCAAGCAGAGCAUCUCCUCUGAACUGGAAGGCAAGAUCAUGCCAGUUAAAUACGAAGAAAAUUCUCUCAUCUGGGUGGCUGGAGACCAGCCCGUGAAGGACAACAGCUUCUUGAGUUCCAAAGUUUUAGAACUCUGCGGCGACCUUCCUAUUUUCUGGCUUAAAGCAACCUACCCAAAAGAAAUCCAGAGAGAAAGAAGAGAAUUGGUAAGAAAAACUGUUACCACAACGACCACAAGUAGACUACGCAGUGGGCCACGGGGCAACCCAGGCCCUGGGAGACCAAGUAAUGAAACCAGACCCGGCGUCCAGGAGGACACAGAGCCCUUCAAUCCAGACAACCCUUACCACCAGCAGGAAGGAGAAAGCAUGACAUUCGACCCCAGACUGGAUCAUGAAGGGAUCUGCUGUAUAGAAUGCAGGAGGAGCUACACCCACUGCCAGAAGAUCUGUGAGCCCCUGGGGGGCUACUACCCGUGGCCUUAUAACUACCAGGGCUGCCGUUCAGCCUGCAGAGUUAUCAUGCCUUGUAGCUGGUGGGUGGCCCGCAUCCUGGGCAUGGUGUGAAAGUACUUCAGGGAGCAGGUGCUGUGAAGAAGUCAAACUCCAGAGACAGCCAAAGCUUGGGGCAUCUUGAAGCUAAAGGGACCAUAAAGUAUUUUAUGUUCCAUCUGAGCAAUGUUAUUCGAGACACUGAACAGAAUACUUUUCAACUGCUUUACAGAACUUUAUUCAGAAUUGCAAACAUACUGAGAGGGUAGUUUUAAGUCUAAAAUAUCAUAAUAGUCCUUUUAUUAAUUGCUUUUUUUUUUUGCUUUUCUUUGCCAGGAAGUUCUGCUUUUAAGCCUUCCUUACCAAGCUAUUUUGAAAUAAUCAUGAAAAAUUACUUACAAUAUGUCAAAGAUCUCAACUGUACACUUGAGUUCCUUUUAAAUCAAGUCACUGACUAA